GCGGAGCCUUGGCGUGGGGCGGCCAAUAGUGGGGGUGGCUGCGUGGGUCGCCAUGGGGACGGGGCUGUUCCCGGGGAGGCUGUGAUGGGUUGACAGGUGCGUGACAGUGGGAGCUGCUCUCGGCACAAGCAUGUACGGCAAAGGCAAGAGUAACAGCAGCGCCGUCCCGUCCGACAGCCAGGCCCGGGAGAAGUUAGCACUCUACGUAUAUGAAUAUCUGCUCCAUGUAGGAGCUCAGAAAUCAGCCCAAACAUUUUUAUCAGAGAUAAGAUGGGAAAAAAACAUCACUUUGGGGGAACCACCAGGAUUCUUACAUUCUUGGUGGUGUGUAUUUUGGGAUCUGUACUGUGCAGCUCCAGAAAGACGAGAAACAUGUGAACAUUCAAGUGAAGCAAAAGCCUUCCAUGAUUAUAGUGCUGCAGCAGCUCCCAGUCCAGUGCUAGGAAACAUUCCCCCAGGAGAUGGCAUGCCAGUAGGUCCUGUACCUCCAGGGUUCUUUCAGCCUUUUAUGUCACCUCGGUACCCUGGAGGUCCAAGGCCCCCAUUGAGGAUACCUAACCAGGCACUUGGAGGUGUCCCAGGAAGUCAGCCAUUACUUCCCAGUGGAAUGGACCCAACCCGACAACAAGGACAUCCAAAUAUGGGUGGGCCAAUGCAGAGAAUGACUCCUCCAAGAGGAAUGGUGCCCUUAGGACCACAGUCUGACCCUUGGUUAUCAUUACAGAACUAUGGAGGUGCAAUGAGACCCCCACUGAAUGCUUUAGGUGGCCCUGGAAUGCCUGGAAUGAACAUGGGUCCAGGUGGUGGUAGACCUUGGCCAAACCCAACAAAUGCCAAUUCAAUACCAUACUCCUCAGCAUCUCCUGGGAAUUAUGUAGGUCCUCCAGGAGGUGGAGGGCCACCAGGAACACCCAUCAUGCCCAGUCCAGCAGAUUCAACCAAUUCUGGAGACAACAUGUAUACUUUAAUGAAUGCAGUACCUCCUGGGCCUAACAGGCCUAAUUUUCCAAUGGGCCCUGGGUCUGAUGGUCCCAUGGGUGGAUUGGGAGGAAUGGAGUCACAUCACAUGAAUGGCUCUUUAGGCUCAGGAGAUAUGGACAGUAUUUCCAAGAAUUCUCCCAAUAACAUGAGCCUGAGUAAUCAGCCGGGCACUCCGAGGGAUGAUGGCGAAAUGGGGGGAAAUUUCUUAAAUCCUUUCCAGAGUGAGAGUUACUCCCCGAGCAUGACAAUGAGUGUGUGAGCCACUACCAAGUCUCCUCAUGAAAACCACAGUGAGUCAGCCCUUCACAGAACUCCUCCGGAAGAAAAUUAUUCAUCACAGUGUACAGUUAAACGAAGGAAUCUCAGUCACACCAAACCAACCUUUUAUUUCCUGCUUUCUCCCCUAUUUUGUGAAGAAAGCGGGUCCAAACGUGAUUCAAACAACUGUACGGAGUGGCAUAUUAGAAUUGCCCUAAACUGAACUGCAAAUAAUUAUCUGUGUAUGUAUAUGUGUGGGACAGACAAUGUAUUGUAUGUGUGUAUGUUUUAUGGACAUGGGCACAUACAUACACUGACCCACGGGACAUUGUAAAAUAUUUCCACAUGACAUCUUAAGUAGAAGUAAGUAGGGACUUUUAUUCCAUCCUUUUUUUCACGUUUACAUUUUAAUUAUUAAAGUUGCUCCUGCCCCUCCCUGAACUAUUUUGUGCUGUGUAUAUCACUGCUUUAUAUAAGUUAUUUUUUAAGGUGAACUCAGAUGUUAUGGUUUUGUAAAUGUCUGCAAUCAUGGAUAGGAAUAAAAUCGCUUAUUUGAGAGCUUUCAUUAAAUUGGUCUGAUGCAAGUUAUCCUGUGAAUCACAAAGUGUACUAUCUCAGAAAAAGGAAAGCGUGUCUUCAUAUUCAUGUCAAAUCAAGCAGUUUCUACAUUCAGUGAGAAGUUUUCUUGUAUUUUUUAUUUGGAAGAAAAUAAUAACUUCACACCCACAGAAUCUUAACUGGACCUAACAGUAGAUUUCUGCAACUGUUUAGAUGGAGUUUUUGAUUAGUUUGUCCUAAGUAACACAGAAAAUCAUUAAUUAGUCCCAAUUUCUUCAGUCAUGCCAAUAAAGUGACAGGGUCAUUAUUUUUAGUAACAUAUCUUUUCUUUGGCAUAAUAUGUACAGAAGGGAUAACAAAACCAUUUGCUUACAUUUGUCACUUCUCACCAGGAAUACUAGUACAAAUUUUUGAAGAAUAUAGUAAUGUGAAAUGGCAUCUGGAUCUUAUUUAGACUUCCUGUGAAAAAUUCCACGUAGACUUUGCAAAAAAGAUGCACUCAGCUAAUUGGGACUUUGAGCACAUGGCAUUAGAAGAGUGUUUACCAUUCUGGGGCUCACUGGAGUGCUGCGUUUCUCUCCAGGCUUCUUGCUUACUAACAUGAUCCCUGGUUUCUUCUCGGGACCCCUGCUGUGUUCCCAAGACACAGGACUUUUAUUUAGAAGGAAAUCAUUGAUAGUAAUUUUGUUUCAUCUGGUCAUUAACCUCAUUAGCCUAAAUUUACAUUAUUUAACUGUUGAGAAAAGAGCAGAUGUUAAGAAAAAAAAAUUGCUUGGGGGCAACACCCAGAGGAACACGGAGCUUAGUCCUGGCUCUAUGCUCAGGGAUCACUCCCGGUGCUGCCUGGAGGACUGCCCAUGUGCAGUGCUAGGGACAGAACCCAGGUUGGCCACAUGCAAGGCAAGCGCCUUAAUCCCUGUACCAUCUCUCUACUGCCCAGAACAAAGCAUUUUGCUUAUAAAGUAACUAGCUCUGGAAUCCUGUUUCUACUUACAGACACUGAAAUGAUAAUAGAAAAGUGUGCACAAGCUGAGGGCUUCAUUCCCUUGUCAGAGACCUGGGUCGAUCCCCAGCUCCAGAGCACUGCUGGGAGUGAACCCCACACACACAGAGCUGGGAGUAGCCCUCCAGCUGUGACCCCAAAAAACCAAAACCAAAAGAAAAACAUUUUAAAAGUGUGAAAUCUUACCUUUUAGCCUCCUAAAAUCAGUUGAUGAUUCUUUCUGUUAAAAUUGUGGCACAAUUAACCACCAAUAAACAUCAGUUCUAUAGACAAACUCUAGAAGCUCUGAAAAUUAUGCUUUAAUCUCAGGUAAUAGGAAUAUUUCUGUAGACUUAUGUCUCUAAAGUGAAACUUUGGCACUAUAUUUGCUAGUUCCUAAUCUCAAAUACUUCUUUAUCUCAAACCCUCAAUGACUUGUACCUUCUUUAAAUAAAGAUUUUUUUUUUUUUUGCUCACACAUGACAGCAAUGCUAGGCAGAACUGCUGAGGAGAAACAAAGAAUGCAGAGUUAAAUUAUGUUUCAUUUUUUAAACUCUAAUCAAACAAGUCUCCAUCACUUAGGGUGUAAGGACCAAGGACUGCACAGUGGAGAACAGUUUUGAGCUUUGAGCUGCAAAUUCUUAGCAAAAAAUCAAGCUAAAAGGUCUUUUAACUCAAGCCUCUUUAGCUUGAAAAUGCCACUUCCAGCAUGAAACACAGGCAUGAAUUUACCAAGAGUUAAUUUUGACUUUCCUUUUUUAUGAUAAUUGUGCAAACAUUGACCAUCCUGUGAUUAAGUUUAACCUUAUAAUGCUAUGAUUUUCAGAUGUUUUGUUCACUCUUUUCUUCAUUGUUACUGAUUGUGAAUUGAUUUGUCUUGUAAGAAGGUAUUGUUCUUAUUCCCACAAGAAAUCAUGACUGUGAUUUUACUUGCUCGUUUGUGGGAAGUAGUAGGAAUAUGAAUGAGAAUAAUGGGUUUCAUUUCUAACCUAUUUGGUUAAAAAGUCAAAUUUGAUUUUUUUCAAGGUUUAGAAAUCAGCUCAUCAUAAGUAUGUUUAUUUGUCCCUUAAAGUCCAGAUUAAAAUUUGCUUUCAAAUUUAUAAUUUCUGAAAUAAUUGAAAAUAUAAUUUUAGGAAAAGUCAUAUUUCAGGAACCAGAAAAUAAGGACACCUAAUUUUAACCUCAAAUAAUUUUCUCAUAAAAAAAUUAAAAUCCUUUCUUUGUUUCAUUUUUUAUUUAGGUUUUGACUCUUUUAAACUGCAUUCUUCUCUUUAGCAAAAGAUCCCUGAAUAUUUUCCUCUCAUGACUUCCAUCUCUACUCAUAAAUUUUUUGUGCUUAAUAUCCUCAUAUACCUGAGUUAUUUUUACACAUUUCACCUCACUGUGAUAUUAGAAGUUCUUGCCUACAUCAAGUGUGUAAAAUAGACCUUUAUGAAAUGUGAAGAUAAUUGGUAGAAACACUGAUUUUCUUUACUCUUCUUCACAUUCUGCCCCGCUCUCUCUAGGAGAAAUACCUGUUAAUUUCUUGCUAAGAUUUGUGUAUUCUUAAUUGGCUUCCUUUCUUCAAGCAAAGUUGUCUAUAGCAGUGAAGGCUAGGGAAUGCCCUUGAUCUGGCACUGCCCCACACUUUGAUGGGUGAGUCUUCAUGCUCUGUUACAAGUGUCCCAGUUUAGACUUAGAUGCUGAUGUACAGGAGUUGCAUAACUAUAAAUCUGAGCUUUAACUGCUUUUGUGCUAAAAGUUAAAUUAAUCACUUCUGCUCCCUGAAUCAUGGAACUUUUCCCCCUGAUACUCCUUUCCCUCUGGGAAUAAAAGAGAAAACUUCCUUUCUAUUUUUUGGAUUCUCUACAUUAUCUGUACUUCAUUGCAUUUCAUAGGAUAUUCGAUUAACACUCUUCCUGUUAUAAUGAAAGAUAGUACAUGAAAAUGAAAUCAUUUGGGGAUAUGAGGAAGCUGGACACGGGCUCACCCUUGCUUUUCUACAUCUCUCUGGGAAUAUCAGCAGAACAUUCAGAAUGCUGCCUUUGUGGAGUUUUCCCCAGUCCUUCAUAUUCCAAUGCCUGGACUGCCUUCUUCCAGGGCUUUCCCAUGCUUCCCUCCCAAUCCUGAGAUCCUUCAGAAGAAAUAACAAACUGUAAAUCAGAGCAGUCAUACAGUCAGUAAUGCACUUGUCUUGCACACAGCUGACCUGGGAUUGAUCCCCAGCACCCCAUAUGGUCUCCCAAGCCCAAAGGAGUGAUCCCUGAGUGCAGAACCUGGAGUAAGCUCCCAAACAAGCAAACAAACAAAAAGUGGUUUUUCUUUUCCAAAUGGCCCUAGCAGCAGUUUCUUAUUUGCUAUGAGGAAAAGAACCGGUAUUUGCUUUAAACAGUGGAACCUAAUCUUGAGCAUGAAGAAGAGGUUUCCUGGAUUUCCUGAACUAUAGGCCUUGAUAAAUACUGGGAAAGCUAAAAAAUGACGAGCCAUUAUUAAUACAUUUCCCUUCUGCACACUGAAUUUGUACAUGCACACAUCUUUAUGAGAGUUGAAAUGAUAAAGUUUGCUCACAAAACACUCCUACUAGGGUUUAUAUUAUGCAGUAGCAAAAUUAGUAAACAUAUUUUCUCUGCAUUUUAUUUCAAUGGGGAAAUAGUUGGUAAAAUCAUUUGGGGAUGGGAAGAAUAAUACAACACAUAGAAGAUACAUUCACAUACCCCUUGGUUGAUCCACAUUAACCCUGCUUAUGAAGGCUCUGCAACUAAAGGUAAGAGCAGAAAUUAUCAUUUACUCCUCAGUCACUUCACUGAUAUUGCCAGGAAUUACACAGUAGUUGUACUCUUUUGAUGUAGACAUUUGUUUAUAAUAAUUUGAACUAAAAUUAUUUCAUCACACAUGUAGACUAUAUCCAGAAAUUUAACUUGCUGGAAAAAAGAUAACCUGCAGCUGGAAAAAACUUAGAUCCUCUUCAAUUACUUUCCUAAAUUAUAUUCCAAAGAGUAAUUCUCAAUUGAAUCAGUCUCCUAGGGAGAAUUUUCUGUUAUGUUCCCCUGGUUAAUAUAAUUGGUCUUUCUAGGUAGAAAAAAAAUCAUUUUCUGUAAGCAGUUAAUAUGAAUAUUUUUGCUGUCUACAUAUUUAGAAAUGAAAGUACUACAUAAAAAUUAUAGUUUUAACUGGGACUAAAAAUUAUAUGUAGAAUUAGUUUGUUUCAUCUCCUUUCCACGUUUACUACCCUUAAAAUAAAAUUUGUCUCCUUUUAAGUAAUGCAGCCAUUGAAAUGUUAUGCUCAUAGAAAUAUUAAGCAUUUUAAAUGAGCUAUACAAUUAAAACAUAAAGGUGAGUAUCAGUAAUCCUAGCCAAAAUAAAAAAGGAAAGAUAGAAUCCUACUUUCUCUCUUACAUCCAUGGCCUGACUCAGUACAUUGCUAAAAAGUGAAACUUGGGUCCUCAUGAUACAAUAUCUUGUCAGCUUAAAUUUUCAUUAUGUCCUAGUUUAAAUUGCUCAGCCAGAUGUAAACCACCAUCGGUAUGUUAGAAAACAAUAAUUCAGUUAACAUACAUUAAAAACAAAUGUACUUUAAAUUAGCAACACCUUUUCCUUGAUAUAAAACACUGACUAGUAUAUAUGACUUCCUAGCAGAUCGUAUUUUAAGAUGUUUUUCUUUACAUCAAGAUAAAAACUAACACAAAUUGUUAGAAUAAAACAAUUUUAAACAUGCUGUUGUUAAAAAUAUUAAGUAUAGCAGUCUUUAUAAACUUAUUUAUUCACAAUAACCAGCCACAUUGAAUUGUUUAGUGUAUCUGUGUUAUUUUUAAAUUUUAAUGUUUUCUUACCACGUGUUAAAAUGUUGCCUAUAUUGUCUUCCUUUAAAAACAGUAUUAUUUGUAAGGUUUUUAUAAAUGCACACUUAUGUAUAAAUAUAAUUGUAAUCUGGGAUAAUUUAGUAAUCUACUCUUCUUAAUUCAAUGGUGGACAAUAGGUCCCUAAGAUUUUGUAAAUUUACUGUGUGUGUACACACAUAUGCAUUAUUUACAUUUAUUAUCAAGUGAGUUUAUCAUUUCAUUUUAUAUGAAUACUUGAGUUAUUCAUGUUAUUGAAAAAGUUUCCAUAAAGGUGUACAUAAAAGCUCAUAAUUUGG